UGACUUGACGCAACUGCGAGGCGGAAGCGCGCAGCGGCUGGACGCGUAUGGACGUACAGCUAAUCUGCAGUGCAGUCUGGGAGCUGUCACUCGUCUCGCUUUGUAUCGUUUGGCCGCCGGCAGCUACUGAUGCGCGCAUCAGUGUUUAUUCACCCGCCGCCCGACAACACAACGAGGAGUAAGAAUAUGUAGGCUACAACUACACGUCGUCUGCCUCCGAAGCCUUGUUGUCAAGGGAACUCGUGUGAACGGGAGACACCGGAGACAGCCGGGCCCUGCAUCUCCAGCAUUUAAACAACCUGCCACAGACCCUUACGUUAGCUAGCUCUACGGCCAUAUUAUUGAAGUUGUCAGCUGUUUCUACUCAGCCAACCGGACUCAUGAUUGAAUCACAGUUGCCGUCCUACAUCGCGUAACGUUGCGGUGUGAUGCACGUACGUGUGCCUGGUGUAUCACUUUAGCGCAAUAACCACCCAGGAGAAUGAACGCAGAGGAAGUGGAGCUGCUCAGUGACUCCAAGUACAGGAACUAUGUGGCAGCGGUGGACAAAGCCCUCAAGAACUUUGAGUACUCCAGUGAGUGGGCAGACCUCAUCUCUGCGCUGGGCAAACUCAACAAGGUUUUGCAGAAUAAUGCAAAAUACCAAGUGGUUCCCAAGAAGCUGACGAUAGGAAAACGGCUGGCCCAAUGCCUUCACCCUGCGCUGCCCAGCGGGGUCCACCGCAAGGCCCUGGAGACCUACGAGAUCAUCUUCAAGAUCAUUGGACCCAAGAGGCUGGCCAAAGACCUCUUCCUAUACAGCUCUGGGCUCUUCCCUUUACUCUCCAAUGCCGCCAUGUCUGUGAAGCCGGUGCUGCUGGGACUCUACGAGGCCUACUACUUGCCCCUGGGAAAGACUCUUAAGCCAGGCCUGCAGGGGCUGCUGACCGGGGUGCUGCCCGGCCUGGAGGAGGGCUCCGAGUAUUACGACAGAACCAACACCUUGUUGGAGAAGGUGGCAGCGGCGGUGGAGCAGUCGGCCUUCUACAGUGCCUUGUGGGGCAGCAUCCUGACCAGCCCUGCCGUGCGUCUCCCCGGGGUGACCUUUGUCCUGCUGCACCUCAAUCGCAAGCUGUCCAUGGAGGACCAGCUCUACGUCAUCGGCAGUGACAUCGAGCUCAUGGUGGAGGCGGUCAGUACCUCAGUCCAGGACUCCAGUGUGUUGGUGCAGAGGAGCACCCUGGACCUCAUCCUCUUCUGCUUCCCCUUCCACAUGAGCCAGGCGACUCGCCCUGACAUGAUCCGGAUCCUGUCAGCAGCUUUGCAUGUGGUUUUGAGAAGAGACAUGUCGCUCAACCGCAGACUCUACGCCUGGCUGCUGGGCUUUGACAACAACGGGGUGAUAACAGGCCCCCGCAGCACCCGGCAGAGCAACCCGGAGGAGCAUGCCAGCCGCUACUUCAACACCUUUUCUAAAGACAUGCUUAUCCAGGCCAUGGUGGGGAUCUUGCAGGGCAGAGCCCGGGGCGGGGAAGAGGAGAGCGUCCUCAUGCACGACCUCAAGCCAUUUCGCAUCCUCAUCAGUCUGCUGGACAAACCGGAACUUGGUCCAGCAAUCCUAGAGGAUGUUCUGAUCGAGGUGUUUCGGACUCUUCACACACAGUGCCGAACAGAGCUGGACCUCCAGAACCAGAGUCCCUUCAGUAAAGAUCAGGCGCACCUCAGCAGUAAACUACGAGAGAACAAGAAGACAGCCGAACUGAUUAAAACGGCCAACCUCCUCUUCAACUCGUUUGAGCCGUACUACAUGUGGGACUACAUCGCCCGUUGGUUUGAGGAGUGCUGCAGGAGGACAAUGAACAGCAACACGCGUGCACCACGGCAUGCUGGGAGCUUUGAUCCUCCAGAGCUCUCAUUGGUGGAGUUCUGUCAGCUGGUUGAUUUCCUGCUGGAUAUCGUUUCUUUGCCUACUAGAAGCAUGAGGGUAAUCUGCCAGGAGACCUACAUAGAGAUCCAGACGGAGCACCUCCCUCAGUUGCUGCUGCGCAUGGUGGCAGCUCUGACCGCUCACCUGCAGGCGCUGGGCCUCGGGGAGCUCACCCACUGCCUUCGUCUCUGCUCCAAGAUCCUCAGCAAAGUUCAGCCCCCGCUGGUGUCCCCACUGGCCCUGCCGUCGGGCCCCCAGGCCCAGGGCCACUUGAACCCCACUGCCAAUCGCUCAGACUCGGCAAGUGACGAGAGCAGGGGCAAGGAGGGCAAACAGGCUUUGCCUUCCACUCUGGAGCGAGGCAGUGGGGAGGUGUUUGAUGACGGGAAAGUCCCCCCCAGCAAAAGCGAAAGUGGCUUCACAGACUUUGUCCAGUACCACUGCAAUGGCCCGGAUGAGACGGAGCAAAGCCCUCACCCCCACACAGCGGGCAAAACGGGCCGGCGCGCAUCAGGCCCAUCGCAGAACAAGCCUCUGGACAAACCGGUCAUGCAGUGCUGCCUGGAGCACUUCCAGCAGUUUCUCUCCCGACUCAUCACCUUGUAUAUUACGCCGGGGCAGGCGGACAAAGCUGAGGGUGAAAGAGGUGAGAUCAUGAAAUCGGAGCCCCCGGUUUCAGAAGGCCCCCAGCCCACUGGUCAUACGGACUCGUGCUCAGAAGCAGGGUUGGUCAAGAGGGAAUUGGUUGCUGCCUUCACCGCUGCCUGUCAACUCUUCCUGGAAUGCUCCAGUUUCCCUGUGUACAUCGCAGAGGGCAAUCUCAAGUCCUCACCCUCACAGGAAGAGCAGUUCGUCAGCGAGCAGGUCGGUCUGCCAGUGUGGCUGCAAACACUGAUGGAUGCCUGCUGCCUGGCCAGUGACUUCAGCCUGCAGGGCGUGGCCAUCUCCCUGGUCAUGGACCUCGUGGGACUCACCCAGUCGGUCGCCAUGGUGACCGCUGAAAGCGUUGCAUCCGGGGGCAGCUCAGACUCCGCCCAGCCGAUGAGCCCCAGCCAGGGUCGGGUGGCUGUCGUCAUCAGGCCACCACUCACUCAGGGAAUCCUAAAGUAUAUCGCUGACAAGACCAACUUCUUUAAGAGUGUAGCUCUGAUCUUAUGGGACCAGUUGAGUGAAGGAACUCCUCAGCACCAUCAACGCAGCGUGGAGCUCUUCUACCAGCUCCACAACCUGGUGCCUUCCUCCAGCAUCUGUGAGGACGUCAUCAGCCAGCAGCUCAUGCACAGAGACAAAAGAAUUCAGCUGGAGGCCCACGUGAAGUUCUCCGUGCUGUGGCAUUUGACGAGAGAUUUGAACAUCAACAAAUCCUCGCCUUUUAAUCGGACCUUGGACAGAUCUCUGUUCAUCAUGCUCGACAGUCUGAGCUAUUGGGAUCCGUGCACUAGCGCCGUUGGCCGGGCUUGGCUAAAUCAGGUUCUGCAGAGACAUGAUAUUGCUCGGGUUUUAGAGCCUCUCCUGCUAGUUCUGCUCCAUCCCAAGACCCACCGAGUAUCCAUCCAGAGGGUGCAGGCGCAGCGCCACUGGGCCCAGGUGUGCCCUGAACCACAUGAACAGGAGCCAUCAGAAGCCCUCUACACCAGGGACUCUGGCUUCUCAGACAACUUUGGUCACAUCCCAGGGGAGAUGGGGACGCAAGAGGAGCUCCGAGGACUGGUGAUGGGGGACAUGGAGCCGUUCUGUCUGACUGUCAACCCCCUGAGCGACAGCCUGUCCUUGCUGAGCCUGAGCAGUGAGAACUUGCCACUAGCUGGUGAAUAUCACCCCGCGGCACAACAGGGGGAGCUCCAGAGCUCCGCGUCCAGUGGUUCUCAAUCGUCUACAGUGGAAAACUGCAGCUUUGAGGAAGCCGAGGUUGGCCCAGUCAAUGGCUCGGAGCAACAGCCUGGUUCUUCUUGUGACAUGUCCGAGGACUCGAUAGAGAACGCAGUGUCUUCUGUUAUGAAAGACCUGAUAGAUCGUGUUUCCAGUUUAGCAGACGAGGGAUCCUUUUUUGAAGUCUCGUCUCAACAUGAAAACUGGCUCCAGACAGACACAGACAGCACUUCCUCAGAAGCCUCUACUGGUCCCUGUCAGGACUCUGUACCUCCUCCGGGCUCCAACAGCCAGACUCUACCUGAGAUGCUGGCCGGAGGCACGCUGGAGUUCCUCCAUGUCUCGCGGGCUGACCUGUCUGCGGAGGACGAGCACAGAGAAGGAAUCACCCGUCACAGCUCUUCACCGUCCAUUGUCACGCUGCCGGAUGGCUUCGACCCCGCCACCCUGGACCACAACCUGCAGGUGGACGACCCCCAGGCCCGUAAACGUAGCCACAGCAGCACCCAGCUCAGCCUUAAAGGGAAGAUCAUGGAGAGGCUCUCGGACAAAUCCACUGGGGCCAAGCCCAAGAUCAAGAAGGCCAAGAGGAAAGAGGAGGCGAAGCAGCGAAAGAUGGCAAUUCAAGCUGAAAAACUGCGCCCGACCAGUAUAUUUUUCGGGGACAGCCUGGAUCUAGAGAACUGGUACAGCUGUGGCGAAGGUGAGGUGUCAGAGAUUGAGAGCGACAGCGGAUCCCCCAGCGCGGGGUCCGUUGGGACCUCCGGGGACGUCAGUGUCACAGAACGCAGAUCAUCCUCUGCCCCGCCUCGUUUUAACAUCCAUCCUCUCUACCAGCACGUUCUGCUCUACCUCCAGCUGUACGACUCCUCCCGGGCGCUACACGCCCUGUCGGCCAUCGCGUCCAUGCUCAGAGCCGCUCCCUCAGGGUUUGUGAGUGCCAUCUCCACCACCAGCAUCAACAACACCUACACUCCGCAGCUGUCCUUGCUCCAAAACCUCCUUGCCCGCCACAGGGUCUCCGUCAUGGGCAAAGACUUCUACUGCCCCAUCUCCCAGGACUCCCACUCCCACUCAUUCCGCAGUGCCAUGUACCUGGAGAUCAUCAUCUCCCUCUGUCUGUACUUCCUGAGAAGCUACUACUCUGCCCACCUGACCGCUGGCCCUCAGGACCUGGCGGGGAACCGGGCCAUGCAGCUGACCAGUGUCGAGGUCCUCACGCUCCUUUUCAGCGAGCUGGUCAAAGUCACAGGUGGCUCCGCCAAGGGCUUCGCGAGUUUCAUCAGCGACGUCCUCUCCAAGUGCAAAGUCCAGAAAGUGGUUCUCCAUUGCCUGCUCUCCUCCAUAUUCAGUGCCCAGAAGUGGUACGAGCAGAAGGUGGCAGGAGCGAACGUGGCCACGGUGGAGGAAGGUCUGUCCGAGGACAGCGUCAUCAACCUGUCAGAGGACCAGAUAGACAGCUGCAGCGCCGUCCAGUCUCAGCUGCUCCGACUGCUGCAGAGCCUGGUCGUUCUGGAGCACAGGGUCCUGUUGCCAGCUGAGGAAGGAGGAGAAGGGGGACCCGUGGGAGGAGGCGUGGGAGGCGUAGGAACGGCCGGCGCUGCUGGGGCCGGGUUCGAGAUGCUGGGUGGCGAGGUGGAGCAUGUCAACCCUCAGCAGCCAAUGACAUCACUGCAAUACCUCCACGGCCAGCCGAUCACAGCGCAGGGUAUGUUCCUGUGCGCCGUGAUCAGGGCGCUGCAUCAGCACCAUGCGUGUAAGAUGCAUCCCCAGUGGAUAGGACUAAUCACGGCCACUCUGCCGUACAUGGGGAGGGUGCUGAGGAGGGUGGUAGCCUCGGUCACUCUGCAGCUGUGUAGGAACCUGGACAAUCUUCUCCAUCAGUACCGCUACGAGACGGGACUAACUGACACCAGACCACAGUGGAUGGCUCUCUGCAUCCCUCCUGACCUAAUUCUGACAGUGUUGGAGGGGGUGACAGCCAUCAUCCAUUACUGCCUGCUGGAUCCCACUUCCCAGUACCACCAGUUACAGGUGAGUGUUAACCAGAAGCACCUGUCGGAGGCUCGAUCAGGCAUCCUUUCCAUCCUCCACACCAUCAUGUCUUCUGUCACCCUGUUGUGGAGCGUCCUCCACCAGGCGGACAGCUCCGACAAGCCAGCGGCUGCGUCUGCUGCCUCUACCUCCAACAUCAACCUGGGCUCCACUAAGAACCUGCGGCAACAAAUCCUGGAGCUGCUGGGUCCGAUCUCCAUGAACCACGGCACUCACUUCAUGGCCGCAAUCGCUUAUGUUUGGAAUGAGAGGAAACAAGUCAAAACUCCGGUCCGAAAUAAGGUGAUCCCUUUAGCCAGUGAGGAACAGCUGCUGCUGGUGGAGCUGGUUCGCUCAGUGAGCGCCAUGCGCACUGAGACGGUCAUGCAGACGGUCAAAGAGGUCCUGAAGCAGCCGCCUGCCAUUGCAAAGGACAAGAAGCACCUCUCUCUGGAGGUCUGCAUGCUGCAGUUCUUCUAUGCGUACGUCCAGAGGAUCUCUGUGUCCAGUUUAGUUGACAGCUGGCCAUCUCUGCUGGUGCUGUUGAAGGACUCCAUACCGUUGGGCCUGCCCGCCCCCGGACAGUUUCUCAUACUCGGAGUUCUAAAUGAGUUCAUUCUGAAGAAUCCAAAUCUGGAGAGCAAGAAAGACCAACGGGAGCUGCAGGACGUGACCCAUAAGGUGGUGGAGGCCAUCGGGACCAUCGCAGGCUCCUCUCUGGAGCAAACCACGUGGCUGAGGAGAAACCUGGAGGUGAAGGCCUCCCCCCAGAUAGUCGUGGAUGGAGCCAACAUGGAAGCUGAUGUAGAAGAUUUAAUGCUCACAGUGAUGGAGGCCUCCAGCUUCACUCCAUCAGUGUACAGCGUUCACGCCCUCACACUAUUGGCCGAGGUGCUUGCUCAUCUGCUGGACAUGGUGUUCUACAGUGACGAGAAGGAGAGGGUGAUCCCACUGCUGGUUAAUAUCAUGCACUACGUUGUGCCCUACCUCCGCAACCACAGUGCUCACAACGCCCCCAGCUACCGGGCCUGCAUCCAACUGUUGAGCAGCCUAAGUGGGUACCAGUACACCCGCCGCGCCUGGAAGAAGGAGGCCUUCGACCUCUUCAUGGACCACACCUUCUUCCAAAUGGACUCCUCUUGUGUCAGCCACUGGAGAGCCAUCAUUGACCACUUGAUGACUCAUGACAAGACCACAUUCAGAGACCUCAUGACUCGGGUGGCUGUAGCUCAGAGCAGCUCUCUGAGUCUGUUCACUAACAGAGAUGCUGAGCUGGAGCAGAGAGCCAUGCUGCUCAAACGCCUGGCUUUCACCAUCUACAGCAGUGAAGUGGACCAGUACCAGAAGUACCUGCCUGACAUACAAGAGCGUCUGGUGGAGAGCCUGCGUCUGCCGCAGGUGCCCAUCCUUCAUGCUCAGGUGUUCCUGUUCUUCAGAGUGCUGCUGCUGCGCAUGUCCCCCCAGCACCUCACCUCGCUGUGGCCGACCAUGAUCACUGAGCUGGUUCAGGUGUUUCUUUUAAUGGAGCAGGAGCUAACGGCAGAUGAAGACAUAUCAAGGACGUCAGGGCCAUCCGUGGCCGGCUUAGAGACCACCUAUUCUGGUGGGAAUGGCUUCUCCACCUCCUACAACAGCCAGCGGUGGCUCAACCUCUAUCUGUCUGCCUGCAAGCUCCUGGACCUGGCUCUGGCCCUGCCUCCCGAGAGCCUGCCUCAGUUUCAAAUGUACCGCUGGGCUUUCAUCCCAGAGGCUUCAGACGAUUCAGGAUUGGAAGUGAGACGCCAGGGGACUCACCAGAGGGAGUUUAAACCCUACGUGGUCCGACUGGCCAAGCUGCUGAGGAAACGAGCCAAGAAAAACCCAGAGGAGGACUGCUCCACCCGCACGCUGUCCUGGGAGCCGGGCCACCUGAUGCUGACCCUCUACGUCAUCCGCAGCAUGGAGCAGCUUCUGCCCUUCUUCAACCUACUCAGCCAGGUGUUCACCAGCAAGGCCAGCUGCCGCACGGGCCCCGCCUACGCCCACAACCCCGCAGACGGCUCCUUCCCCGGCCACAAGGAGGGCCACAAACUGGAGAGCCAGAAAGUCUUCUGGAGUCGAGCUCGACAGAACAUCGAGGAAAUGGUGGAAAAGGACUUUCUAGAAGGACUCAUCAAGACGUGAAAACGCACACACAGGGAGGAGGGAGGACAAUUAACACGCAAUUUAUCAACACUAGUGAAAAAUCCCCAACUUGUACAUUAAAGAACAAGGAAAAUACAAAUCGGGAAAAUAUAGUUUGUAAAUUUUUUUUGUAUUUAUGAUUAUUUCACUUUUUAAAUACUAUUGUAUUUCAUUUUAAUUAUUUGUAUAUAUGGAGCAGCUUUGACGACUGACUUUUAACAUUUUAUGUGAAUCCUUUUGAACAAAGUGAAGAUGCUGUGCCAUUCCAUAUCGACGUGACUUAAUAAAGAUUUGUAAUGGGAGGGCAAGAUGUGACCUCACUGUUGUCAUGAGAUUAAAAUUGCAUUGACACUAUGCACGUGCUCUAGUGUAUCUUCUAAUUAUGUUUUGUUUGGGAUUACAGGUAUUGUGUCUAUGUGGCUGGCUGUGUCCAUAUGGCUAGACAGAUUUAGCACAUCUAACUAUCAAGCACGUCAAACAGCCCUUUUUAACUGCACGCAUUUUGACUUGUUAUAGGUGGAAGACACUCAUCCUCCAAAUGUCUGUGACAGCAUUUAGUCAACCCGCUUCCAAAAUCUGAAACCGCUAAAUGGAAUUCCUCCGUUACCCCUGUGCCUUUCCUGCUGUGACACGUUGUGUCCUCCGCGAUGAAGACCUGAGCUGCAUGCGUUGAUGUGGUCAAUGGCACAUACUUGACUGUUCACAGCUUGUAUUUGACAGCAAUAGUAUUUUCAGGUCAUGAUAUACAAUGUUAAAGAUUAAACCAGUGGGUCCCAACCCAUUUGCUCCCCUACAAAUAAUUGUUAAUAAAGUACAAUAUGGUA